AUGACGCCCCGUCUCCAGAACAAAGUCUGCAUCAUCACCGGCACCGGCAGCAGCAUGGGCCGAGCAGCAGCCCUCAAAUUCGCCCAAGAAGGCGCCACCAUUGUCGGCUGCGACGUGAGCGCGCCCCGCGCCUCAGAAACAGAAACAGCAGUCCAGGCCAUAGGAGGGAAUAUGAUCUCGCUAGCACCCUGCGAUCUCACCAUGCCCGAAGGGUGCGGGAGACUCGUCAACUUCACGAUCGAGAGGUUCGGCCGUAUCGAUGUACUGUGCAUUAAUGCAUCGAUGGCAUAUCUGGAGUGGAGGCAGGGUGUGCCGAUGGAACACUGCAACAAUAACUACAGCCAGGAGUAUAACCUGAUCCAUCUCAUGACUGGGGUGGCGAGGCCGCAUUUGAAGAAGACGGGCGGUGCUGUUGUCAAUGUUGGCUCGAUUGAUGGGUGUGUUAGCCCGCUGCCACAGGGGAAGACUAAACAGGAUAUCCUGGACUUGAACUGCCACUUGGCUUUACGAGAUCGAGAUGCGGGGAUCAGGGUGAAUUAUAUCUCGCCGGGCAAGAUAGGAAUGUUCGAGACAGAUCCGCUGUUGAGGGAUCCGUUUAGGGGGGAUCCCAUGGGGAAGGUUAUGCUGGGGAGGUGUGGACGCCCUGAGGAAGUUGUUGCAGUGGCCUGUUUUCUUGCAUCGAGCGAGGCUUCAUACAUCACGGCUGCAGAUAUCAAGGUGGACGGGGGAAUGACGGCUUGGUAG